UCUUUCUCGGAACACAGUGAAGAGUCCAGAUGGGUUUCACUUUCAUGGGUUCUCUUCAGAAUCUACUAUGGUUCGUAAUCUCAAUUUCAAUUUCCCUUCUUGUCAUCAACGCCAUCGCUUCUUCUUCCGAUCUCGACACCUCAUACCUCGAAGACAGCAGUCGUUAUUUCUGUUCCAAAGAUUCAAACCAGAAGAACCAAAGCUCUUCUGGGUGUUCAUUGUUAUCUUCCAAGAUAAUAGACUCAGAUUCUGGAAUUUGGACUAAAGAUUGCUCAGAAAAAAUAUUGGAACUCGCGAAACAGAAGGAGAACGUGGAGUGGUUAAAAGGGUUAAGGAGAAGAAUUCAUGAAAACCCAGAACUGGCUUUCGAGGAAUUCGAGACGAGUCGAUUGAUUCGGGUCGAGUUGGAUCGGUUGCGAAUUGGUUACCGCUUUCCUUUGGCUGAGACUGGCAUCAGGGCUUCCAUUGGAACUGGUGGCCCUCCUUCCGUCGCCAUCAGAGCUGACAUGGAUGCUCUUCCCAUUCAGGAAGCUGUGGAAUGGGAGCACAAGAGCAAAGUUGCGGGAAAAAUGCAUGCUUGUGGGCAUGAUGCUCAUGUGGCCAUGCUUCUUGGUGCUGCUAAAAUUUUGAAGAGCCGAGAGCAUCAUCUAAAGGGAACUGUGAUCCUGCUCUUUCAGCCGGCUGAGGAAGCUGGGAAUGGUGCAAAACGAAUGAUGGCAGAUGGGGCUUUGGAGAAUGUGGAGGCCAUAUUUGCUGCUCAUGUAUCCCAUGAGAAUCCCACAGCAACCAUUGGAUCAAGGCCUGGCCCUUUGCUUGCUGGCUGUGGCUUCUUCAGAGCUGUAAUAAGUGGAAAAGGAGGCCGCGCAGCGAGUCCACACCAGUCUGUUGAUCCUGUUUUGGCUGGUUCGGCUUCAGUAAUCAGCCUACAGAAUAUUGUAUCUCGGGAAGCAAAUCCACUUGAUUCCCAGGUAGUGUCAGUGGCUUCAUUUAAUGGAGGGGAUAAUCUUGACCAGAUCCCUGAAUCGGUUAUCCUCACUGGUACCUUUAGGGCUUUCUCCAAUACAAGCUUCUAUCGACUCCUAGAAAGAAUUGAGGAGGUGAUUGUAGAACAGGCUAGCGUCUACAGAUGUUCUGCAACUGUUGACUUCUUUGACAAAGAGAACCUGAUAUACCCUCCCACAGUGAAUGAUGAGCAUAUGUAUGAACAUGUACAGAAGGUAGCAAUAGAUUUGGUUGGUUCCAAGAAUUUCAGGGUGGUGGAACCAAUGAUGGGUGCAGAGGACUUCUCCUUUUAUUCACAGGUUGUCCCAGCAGCCUUCUUUUACAUUGGUGUGAGGAAUGAAACAUUAGGAUCAACACACUCAGGCCAUUCUCCUUAUUUCAUGAUCGAUGAGGAUGUUCUUCCCAUCGGCGCUGCAACUCAUGCUGCAAUUGCUGAAAGAUACCUAAAUGAGCAUAGAUGGAAUUCUUUGAAUACUUGAGAAUUGGGAAUGGAUGUUAUUAUUAGUGGAAUAAUCAUGGGAAAGUCAAUUGAUAGAAGCAACUCAUCAGUCCUUUCUGGUUAGGUAGCUUCUCUAUAAAUUUUUUCUCCUUUGUUGGGGUG